GAUAUUCUUAAGUUAGAUUUAUACGGCCUCCUUGAAGUUGAGGCUGAAGCUACAAAGAAAGAGAUUUUAAGUGCUUAUCGUAAGAAAGCUAGAAAAUGUCAUCCAGAUAAAAACCCAGAUAAUCCAAAAGCAGCUGAACUGUUCCUUGAGUUAGCUAAAGCAUUAGAAGUUUUAACAGAUGCUCCAGCAAGGGCAGCUUAUGAUAAAGCACAACAAGCUAAAAAGGCAGCUGAAGUCCGACACAGACAACUUGAUAGUAAAAGAAAGAAAUUCAAAGAAGAUCUUGAAGCAAGGGAAGAAAAUUUUGAACAACAGAAGAAAGAUGAAGCAGCAGCUCAAAAAAAUCUGCAAGCAGAGAUUGAAAGAUUACGUAAGGAAGGGUGUAAAUUAUUAGAAGAAGAACAAGAAUUAUUAAAAGAAAGCAUAAAACAAGAAAAAGAAAAGAAAAAAGAAGAAUCAGAUGGUAAGAUUACACUGGCAAUUGUGAAGUGGAAGAGUAAGAAAGAUGAUCAAUCUAAUGGUGGAUAUAAUGAAAAUAAUUUAGAAGACUUCUUUAGUAAAUAUGGUGAUGUAUCAGUAGUUUUAGUAUCUAAAAAGAAGACAGGAUCUGCUAUAAUAGAAUUUUCUCAAGCCUCACAAAAGUUAUUAGAUGUUGAAAAUGAAACUGGUUCACCGCAGAAUCAACUGACAGUAAAUUGGUUAUCUGGUAAACCUAAAUUUAAACAACCUAAACCUAGCUCAAUACCACAAACCUAUUCUUCUUAUUCACAUGUAAGAACAUCAGAUUUAGAUUUUGAAUCACUAGUCUUAAUGAAAAUGAGACAAGCUGAAGAAAGAAAGAGAUUAAUAGAACAAAUGAAACAAGAAGAUGAAGAA